GCCGCUUUCGUUUGGUGUUUGGUGUUUUUACAUUCCUUUUUCUGAGUCUAAUAGUUUUGAGUCAUUUUAUCUUGAAUUUGACGAAAAAUUAUAGAUAUUCAAUUAAGUUGUGAUUAUUCAAUAUGAGUAAUAUAUGUCCUAAGAAGGAUGGAGGGCCAAAUGUAGAUUAUUUCCAGGCGCCGGAAUCAUUAGCCCAAUUCGAUCAAAUUCGUGUUUGGCUACAAAAAAAUUGCAAAAAGCAUGUUCAGACUGAUCCACCAACAAAAGAGGGCUUGGCCCAACUUGUCAUACAACUAAUACAGUACCAGGAGAAUAAACUUGGGAAAAAUGCAUCAGAUCCACCAUUCAUACGGCUUCCAAUGAAAGUGUUCAUGGACAUGAAGCCAGGCGGGACCCUGUGUACGGUGCUCGCCACCAUGUUCCGCUUUAAAUCGGAGCAACGGUGGCGCAAGUUCGACUUCCAGGUCGGUAAGAAUCCGUCUCGCAAGGACCUUAAUGUGCAAAUGAUGAUGGAGAUUGAGUCCUCGCUUAGUACUGCUGAGGUGAUCCGCACGCCUUGUGUCUACAUACGACCGGACGUGGAUAAGGCUACAGCUAAUAAGAUAAAAGAGAUUGUGGGACAUCAUGGUGAUAUUUGCGAGGACGAAGAAGAGGCGACGCACAUAAUAUACCCGACAGUGGAUCCGCUUGAGGAGGAGUACGCGCGGCCAAUAAUACGCCGUGGCAACCAUGUGCUGGUGCACUGGUACUACUUACCCGACAGUCACGACACGUGGUCGCAGGCAGACUUGCCGGUGGACGUUCCGGAGACAGCUAAUUGGGAAUGCAACCGCGCAGAGCCAUGGCGCGUGUCGGCAUCUUGGGUACUCGAUCUUCCACAGUACAAUGAGUGGAUGAACGAGGAGGACUAUGAAGUUGACGUGAAUGGAAAGAAAAAGGUUCACAAGCUACGUUUGUCGGUCGAUGAUCUGUUGCCUGGCGCAGAACCGUCUAACAAAGGUAAGAAAGGCAAAAGGAAGCGGUCCCCAUCGCCACCACCGCAGAAACACGGCAAGAGGAAGAGCCGCUCGGCUAAGCGUCGCGACAAUGACGCCGACGACGAGGAAGAUAAUGCAUCCAGGGACAAUACUGACGCGGCACCCACACCGGACAGCGAAAGGGCUACUGAAUCCGCAGCGGCGACCCCGGCCCCCGCGUCCGAGGCGGCGACGGCGGCGGCGGCGGCGGCGGCGGCGGCGGCGGCGUCGCAGGCCGGCGACGCGCCCGCCACGCCCGCGCCGCCCCCCGACGCCCACGACGCGCACGACGACUCGCAGGGCAAGCACUCCGACUCCAACACGCAGGAAAUGCUAAUAAAAGAAGAACUAGAAGACAAUGUGACCGAUCAGACGCAUCAUAUCGUAGUGCCAUCGUAUUCAGCAUGGUUCGACUACAACUCUAUACACACGAUUGAGAAACGCGCAAUGCCAGAAUUCUUCAACGGCAAAAACAAAUCCAAGACACCUGAAAUAUAUCUUGCAUACAGGAACUUUAUGAUCGACACAUAUCGACUGAAUCCGACGGAAUAUCUGACAAGUACUGCUUGUCGUCGGAAUCUGGCCGGCGACGUGUGCGCCAUCAUGCGUGUACACGGCUUCCUCGAGCAGUGGGGACUCGUCAACUACCAGUUAGAGGCAGAGUCCCGACCGACCGCAAUGGGACCGCCGCCUACGUCACACUUCCACGUGUUGUCCGACACGCCGUCCGGUCUACAGCCGCUUGUCGCACGACGCCCCGCGGAGAACGCGGCCGUACCGAAGGUGGAGGCGGGGCUCCCCAACGGGACGGACGCGGGCGCCGCGGGCGCUGCGGGCCCCGCCGCGCUCGCGGCCGGCCCGGGGGCGCCGCCCGCCGCCGCCGCCGCCGCCGCCGCCGCCGCCGCCGUCAAGCCCGAGCCCGCCCUCGAGCUCGGCACCGCGCCGGGACUCAAGCUCGACCAGUACCGCGGCGGCGCCCGCGGGCGCGAGUGGACGGAGCAGGAGACGCUGCUGCUGCUGGAGGCGCUGGAGCUGCACCGCGACGACUGGAACCGCGUGGCCGCGCACGUGGGCACGCGCACACACGACGAGUGCAUCCUGCACUUCCUGCGGCUGCCCAUCGAGGAGCCCUACCUGCACGACUCCGCCGCCGGCGGAGUUCUGGGUCCACUGGCAUACCAGCCGAUACCAUUCAGCAAACAAGGAAAUCCUGUUAUGAGUACAGUAGCGUUCCUCGCGUCGGUCGUCGAUCCACGCAUUGCUUCUAAAGCUACCAGAGCAGCCAUGGACGAGUUCGCUGCUAUUAAGGACGAGGUGCCGGCGGCGAUGAUGGAGGUGCACGUGAAGGCGGCCGGAGCUCACGGGCCCGCCGCCGCGCUCGCAGCCACAGGCAUCGCCGGCACUGCGCCCGAGCCAGAUCCCAACGCAGAGAAAAAAGAAAGUUCAUCUGAUGUGAAAGCUGAACCUAUGGAAGUAGAAGAAGGAGGCGAACAAAAAAUUAAAGAUGAGCCAAGCGAAGCGGCGGCCGCCGAAGAUAGCAAGGAUAGCAGUAGCAAAGAUCCACCCUCGCCACAACCAGAGGGACCGGCAACAGUUGACGCUAAACUGCAAUCGGCGGCGGCAGCAGCACUCGCUGCGGCUGCUGUCAAGGCUAAACAUCUCGCUGGCGUGGAGGAACGGAAGAUUAAGUCGUUGGUCGCGCUGCUUGUUGAGACACAGAUGAAGAAGUUGGAGAUCAAACUGCGACACUUCGACGAGCUCGAGGCCACCAUGGAGCGGGAGAGAGAAGGUUUGGAAUACCAACGUCAACAGCUGAUUCAAGAACGUCAACAGUUCCAUCUUGAGCAGUUAAAGGCAGCAGAGUUUAGAGCGAGGCAUCAGGCCCAUCAGAGGCUGCAAGCGGAAAGCGGAGCGACACCAGUGCCGGCCGCGGCAGCGGUAGCGGGACCCGCGCCCGCCGCCACAGAACAACCUCCUACUGAGGUUCCUCAGCCGCAACCACAGCACGCAUAAAACGACCGCGUCGAACUGGCGACUCAGACGGCCUGUGCCACGAGCGGGGGCGACGGCGUGAGUGCCCGCAGUGCGUCGCUGGUUGUUGCGCUUAGGCGAUUCCAGGAGUUGUAAACAGUUGACAACUACCAUCUAAACUAGAUAUUAGGUUUAGAAUUGCUGGGCGGUUUUAAUUAUUUUUCCUCACGAUCGACAUCAACAUGUGUUUUACUAACAUAUAGAUUUCCGAAAUCAGGACAAAAAUCUUCUUCAAAAUAAAGCAUUUCCGAAUCUAAAUAGAUUUUUUUAAAACCGGCUGGAAUAUUUAAACUAAGCUAUUAUGUUUAAUAAAUUUUUGAGGAUGUGUGAACGUUAAAAAUUUACUCGAUUGUAUAUUGAAAUAAUUCCUUAUAAUUUCAAUAGAUCUGUCUGAUUGUUGAAUGUAGUGUGUGUAACGAAGUAUAUAAUUUCUAAUAGUUUUAAGUACUUAGCAGUUAUUGUAUGAUUAUAUUUAUAGGAGAUAAAUUACACAUAAUGACAAGUUAUGAAAUAAAUGUA